AAGCCACAAUCAUUUAUGCAUUGGUAAAAAGUAGUGGGUCCAUCAAUCCGCUAAUUAAAUACUAUUGAUAAAACAAGCAAGUGCAACUAUCGACGUGGUGUUGGAAACUGGUGUAGAAAGUAUUCAAUUAGACAUUUGAUAAAAAUGCAGAGUGGAAUAGUUGUCUGUGUUGUUUUCUUGUAUGUUAAUUUUGCAAAUUGUUUCAACACUAGUGAUGGAAAUGUUGACAAUGUUUCUUUCCAACUCUAUAGUUACAGAGAGAAGACACCGAAACCAGCCUUGCUCACUGCAAGCUCUGGGCAACCGAUCUAUGACGUAGACACGGACGCUCUGAACGGGGACCUGCUCAUCAACCAGUACUUCCUGGACUCCAUCGACAGCGCCGUCAACGCCAGAAUCCCGGCAAGAGAAGCCUUCGCUAAAGCCGCAGCCGCUCACGGAUACUUCAUCGUUACAAAUGAUGUCACCAAGUACACCAAAGCUAAAUUGUUCGAGAAAGUCGGAAAGAAAACUAAAAUUUUUGCUCGCCUAGGAAUAUCUCAGGUCUUCAAAGGGCAAAGUGACACGACCCUUGCCGCUGCUAGAGGGAUGGCAGUUAAGUUUUACACAGAACAAGGCAAUUUAGAUUUAUUAGGAGUAAAUGUUCCAGUGUACUUCUACAAGAAUCCUCUCCUCUUCAAAGAACUUUUCCAUUCUUUUGGCCCCAAUCCAAAGACUAGCAUUCAAGAUCCGAAUGCGAUUAUUGAUUUUAUUGUACAGAAUCCUGUAACUUUGCAUAGCUUACUCUGGUUUUUCUCGGAAUACGGUCUUCCUAAGGGAUACAGGCACAUGAACGCAUUUCCAAUUCAUUCAUUCCAGUUGUACAAUGAAAAAGGCCAAAGUUACUUUGCACGAUUCAAAAUAUUAUCGGAACUUGGUUAUGAGUCGCUCAGCCUUGACCAGGCGGCGGCCAUCUCUAGCUAUGAUUUCAACUUUUUCACGAGAGAUUUGUAUAAUUCUAUUGAAAGAAAAAACUACCCAACAUGGUCGUUGGAGAUGGAUGUACUCAAUGUAUUUGGAAUAAAGAACCUUGACUUUGAUCCGUUUGAUGUAACGAGAUUAUGGCCUAACGGCACAUAUACCACAGUUCCUAUAGGUAAAAUUAUCUUGGAUAGAAAUGUCGAAAAUUACUUUGCUGAAGCAGAGCAAGCAGCUUUUAAUCCUAUUAAUUUGGUACCUGGUAUCAAAAAUCCUCCUGAAAAACUUUACAUGGCAAGAACAUUUGCUUACAGCAGUGCUCAAAAAAACCGCCUUGGUAGUAACUAUAACAAAAUACCUAUAAAUUGCCCUAUGUACGCUGAAACAUACAACCGGGAUGGAGAUCCUCCGGUGUUAGAUAAUGGAGGUGACGCAGUCAAUUAUUAUCCUAAUUCUUUUAAUGGACCUGUGCCUUAUUAUGACCCUGCUAGGCCCCGGCAACAGUUCAAGAUCGUAGAAACAAAUGAAGUACACUUGGAAGAUAGCCGAAAGUUUUACCAGGACGUUCUAGCAUUGGAUGACCAGAAACAACGCCUUGUCGACAACUUUGCGCGGGCAUCACUCAGAGUGAAACACACACUACAAGAAAAGCUUUUGAAUUUAUUUCAGCAAGUCGACCCUGAUCUAGCAGCAAGAUAUGAAAAGACGUUGGAUAAGAUAAAAAAGAAUGUCAAACUACCAAAUGUCGUAGAAGAUUUGGACGAUGAUAACCUUAAUCCAUUUAGCAAUGCAUGAUAAUUUUAUUAUAAUUUUCAUGUUACAACUCAAAAUUAGUAAAGUAAUUGAUUAAUUACUUGGUUACAGAACUUUAAGAUUAUAUUAAUUAUAGUUUUUAUAUUUCAA